UUUUAUACAAUGUCGGUGCGGUAUUACUCACAAAUAAAUACGUAUAUGUGUACUCGACAAUCAUGUUAGUAUUAUUUAAAUUGUUUUCUGAAUUCGAAGUCUGAUUGUUCAUGCAUGUACAGCUUUAUUGUUUGCAUUCUAACACGAGAGAAAAAACGACAGUAUCACCUAAACAUCAAAUGACAUAACUAAAAAAAAGCCACGAUGCCCACAUACUUCGUUUAUUUGAUGUAUUUAAAACUGUUAAAUAACGCCAACAUUAAUCAUAUGGGACUCUGCCGGGUCAAUGUAGGACCGAACUUCUGGUCGGUGGACUAUCCAACGUGCGCGAAGGCGCAGCAGUCACCCGUGCAAAUCUUACACGAGGAGGCUGAGCCCGUUGAGAUUGACGACUUCCGUUUCCAUGGCUACGACAACACACGCACCCUAGAUAACCUUACCGUGUGGAACGACGGUUACACCGUAACCGUUCGUGUCCAUGGCGACCUUAACAUUGAUGGUGGCGGUCUGGAAGGCAUGUACUCCCUGCACUCCUUCCACUUCCACUGGGCUUCCACAGACAGAGCCGGGUCCGAACACUGGCUCGAUGGACAGGCUUUCCCGCUUGAGAUGCACCUUGUUCACAAGUCGGUGCGUCACAACAAGAUCCAGACCGCUCUGGAGGACCCCACGGGUCUGGCCGUGCUUGGUAUCUUCGCCAAGGUCGGCAACCACCACCCAUACUUCCAGGCUAUCAUUGACAACCUCAGGCUGCUUGAUAUCGGAGACUACGCUAACGUGCGCCCGUUCCCGCUGAGCGGCCUCCUGCCAGUUGACACGGAGGCGUUCUACCGAUACAGCGGUAGCCUGACCACGCCGCCCUGCUCCGAAAGUGUCGUCUGGUCCGUGUUCAGGGAGCCCAUCGAAAUCUCCGAAGAACAGAUAAGACAAGUGCGCAUCCUAUCCAAGAUUUCCAACAUCACCGAAAACUACCGACCUAUCCAGGAGCUCAACGGUACGCCGUAUUGUCGUACGCAAGAAGAGCGCCGCGCUAUUUGGUUCCCGUCUCCAAAAUGAUUCGUUUUACCAGAAUGGCAACAGCGCCAGCGGAAUUCCACUCUCCUCUUUCAUCGUCGCGAUGAUCUCUGUUUUAAAUAUUCUACUAGCUAGAUAUUGAUGGGGCGUUCAUGGACAAUUGGGGAAUAAAAAAACAACUUACGUUCAUUUGACUUCCUUUGAAAAUGUUUCACGCGGAAAGCUUGGCGAUACUUAUUAAGAACUCAACUUUUUAACAUCGAGUGUCUCAAUGCCUUGAUAUUCCUUGCUCCAGUAUAUGCUUUGGGACAACACAGGAGUUGCAGUCUGUAUUAUUAGCAACAUUCUAAAGCCAGCGUAUACAAUACAUCGGAUCAUUGCCGCAUGACCAAACCGGAAUAGCAUCUAAUAGAUUUUUUUCUUUAUUUUUUUCAAUAUCAUUACCACAUAAAUUUUGUUCUUUUUGUCUUAAUCGUCAUUUUGAAUCAUUCUAAGUGAUUAUACGUAAACUGUCAAUAUAUUAUAUUAUUUAAAACGUGAUUGGAAAUCGUUGUGAUAAAAAUGAAUUGCUUACUGAAUAGCUUUCAAUAUCGCACUUCAACUGAAUUGAGGGUAAAUGGGACGACUGGUGUUGGACAUUUCUUUGGAAUACUUUUGAAAGUUGGUUUUUCUAUGUCAACAUUUGUUUGAAGUUUUACCGGUGUAUAUUUUUGAAUGUUUUACUGAUGUAAGUGAAAAAUAUGAGUGUUGGUUUUAUUUUCUGAUGUGUUUCAGAAUGUUCUGAAUUAAGGCAAGUAAUUUAGAUUGUUUUUCAUCGUAAAACGAUAUCAUAUGUGUCUUGUUCUGAGAAAAUUGGGCUUAGAUCUAAUACAUGUGCGUAAAGUCCAAGAUUAGCCUGUGCAGUCCGCACUUUUCGCUUUUAUGGUAUUUUUAGUUUCAAGGAAGUCCCUCCGUACCGAAAAUCAAGUUUAGGUGGAAAGUGUCUUCCCUGAAUAGCCUGUGCGGACUGCACAUGCUAAUCUGGGAUGACACUUUACGCACAUGCAUUAAGCCCUUUAUUCUAAGAACAAGGCUCAUAUAAUUGUGCAAACAUUCAAGUUGUAAUAUUAGUAUGUUAUGAAACAUGUAUUGAAUUGAAUACACAGCAGUCAUUAUAAACGCGUUAAAGCUUUUCAUUGACGUGAUCGAACAUAUCAACAAUACAAAAAUCAUAUGUUAUUAUUGUGCACCUUUCGUGUCCAUGCUUAAGUAUGAUGCCAUUUAUCGUGAUGCUCGAGCAUAUUUCUUUUUAAUCUUAUGAGGCAAGAAUGUAUACCCUUUUUUAAGACAAUGAUUAUGGAUGUUUAGAUAGUAAAAAAUAUAUUUAUAGCCAAAAUAUGUCACCAUUCUGUACAGAAAAAUGUAUAUUAUUUUGUUAGUCUGGGUAAUAAAUUCAUCUUAAUGUUUCUGUUAACCUUGUUGACCCUUUUGGGCUACUUUUUGUUAAAGAGCAAAUGAUUUUUGUUUGUAUGACGGUUUUUAUGUACAU